AUGGCGGAACAGCAGCGGCGGCGUGCACUGGCAGCCAGGGAUCCAACUGCUGAUAACAUCGAGACGGCUCUGAAGGUCGGUGUUGCUACCGCGGGCGUUGGCUUCAUGUUCGGCGGUGCGGUCGGCAUCCUCAAGAAUCUUCCACUAUCUCUAUCGGCAGGUGUUACCUCCUUACAGUCCUUUGGUCUCGGAGCAGUCUUUACGUUUACUCGUCUAUCUGUGAUUCAAGCAUGGACCACGGAGCUGCAGACUCCCACGCCUGGUGAUCUCAUUAAAGCCACAGCUAUCGCUGGAGCAUUCUCUGGAGGCUCACUUGGCGCCCUUUUCCGUGGACGCAAGAACGUGAUCCCCGGGGCAAUCAUGUGGUGCAUCUUCGGUGCCACAGGCCAGUUCAUGUACAAUAGAAGGACCUUGCCAGCCCAGCGCGCUGAAGUCAAGGGACCUGGAUUUUGGCAGAGCAUGAGUGACAAAAGCUGGACGCCCUUCAAGGUCCUAAGUAAUGAGGAGUACGCCGGCAUGCUCAAAGAGAAACUGUUGAGGGUCGAGGCAGAAAUAUCGAUCAUUGACGAUAAGAUUGCUGCUAUGAAAGGACAGCAGCAAGCGGAAGUUGCCAGAGAAGGAGAGGCUGCGGCGAAGAAGAGCUGA